AUGGCGACGGGCGGCGGCCAGGGGAAGGCCGCGGGGUACUACCAGUACCCGGCCUCGUACGCCGGCGGCGCCGCGGCCGCGGCGGACGAGGAGCGCCGGUGGUGGCCGUGGCUCGUGCCCACCGUGCUCGUCGCCUGCAUCGCGGUCUUCGCCGCCGAGAUGUUCGUCAACGACUGCCCGCGCCACGGGAGCGCGCUCGGCGGCGGCGCCGGGUGCGUCGCGGCCGGGCUCCUCCGCCGAUUCUCCUUCCAGCCGCUCCGCGAGAACCCGCUCUUCGGGCCUUCCUCCGCCACCUUGGAGAAGAUGGGAGCUCUCAACUGGGCCAAAGUAGUUCAUGGGCACCAAGCGUGGCGUCUCAUUAGCUGUAUCUGGCUCCAUGCUGGCCUAGUUCACUUGGUUGUCAACAUGCUAAGCUUGCUCUUCAUUGGAAUCCGCCUUGAGCAACAAUUUGGGUUUGUGCGCAUUGGGGUCAUCUACUUGAUAUCUGGCUUUGGGGGCAGUGUGCUGUCUGCACUUUUCUUACGCAGUAACUACAUCUCUGUUGGUGCCUCGGGGGCUUUGUUUGGCCUCCUUGGAUCUAUGCUUUCAGAGCUUAUUAUGAACUGGACUAUCUAUUCCAACAAGGCAGCGGCAGCCAUAACUCUACUCUUUAUAAUUGCGAUUAAUCUGGCCAUUGGGAUAUUACCUCAUGCUGAUAAUUUUGCCCACAUUGGUGGAUUUGCUUCUGGAUUUCUUCUUGGAUUUGUGCUGCUGGCAAGACCUCAAUUUGGCUGGAUGGAACGCAGUGAGCUCCCUCAGACUAAUCAACCUCCAAAGUACAAAUUGUACCAGUAUAUCUUGUGGGUUGCUGCACUCCUCUUGCUGGUAGUUGGAUUUGUGAUUAUUUUGGUCAUGCUCUACAAGGGUAAGAAUGGGAACGACAGCUGCCACUGGUGCCAUUACCUGAACUGCGUACCAACAUCCAGAUGGAAGUGCGAUACAUAG